CAGAGAGAGGGAGUUUCAUUCAGCCACCAAUUUUCUUCAGACACCUCCACACCAAAGCAGCCAUGGAGGAAACCAUAACCCGAAUAGUCACGGAGCUCGAAGAACUCCGCCGCUCCGACAACCCCUCCGACCCCCAAAUCCAACCCAUAUCCGAUUCCACCCUCUCCGACCUCCAAACCCUCUUAGACAUUGCCCUCUCCGACGAUGACCCCGAACUCAUGGACCGCCUCUACCACGAGCUCUCUUCCAAGUCCAUCUCUCUGUCCAAUCUCGUCCGUCCGAUCACCUCCACCAUGGAUUUGGGCCGUGCCCAUCUCGCCCUAUCGGCUUCCAGUGUCUACCUCUCUCUUCUCCUUUCUCCCAAUUCCCCCGUCUGCACUCUCUUCACUCCCAUGGCCUUUCUCUCUCUCCUCCAGUCAAUUCGCCGGUCGCUCAAGCACCGUCCUGCCGGUCAAUCGAGCCAUGGUUCCCACGUUGCCGGUAAUAAGAAGAGAAAGGGCCGGUCCAUAAAUCAGGGUUCGAAGAAUUGUGCCAAGAAUGCUAUUGAUGAGGAUUGUGAAGGCGAAGAGAGGGAAUUCGAUAUUCGGGUCUUGUUUACUGUUCUUGAAAGGUUAGAACUUGUAAUUGGUUUGAUUCAUUUGGACCGGUUUCCAGAUAGUUUGAAGUCUCUGGUUCAAACUGUGGCUGAAAUUCCAGUAAUGGGGCUCGAAGUCUGCGGUAAUUCAGGUAGCUAUAACAAACUAACCGAUUUGUGCUCACGGAUUUUGCUUAAAGUGUUCAUACCUGAGCAUGGCGACCAAGCUAACAUUGCAGCCGAGGUGUUGAAGUCAUUGUCUCCAAUGAUUCUUCAGUAUAAGUUGCAGGUUCGGUUUUUUGCAUUGGGGUUUGUGACGAAUCAGAUGAUGAGUGUGGCUAAAACACUUGAAGGCGUCAAGAAAGCAGUAGUGAAUUUUCCAAGGUAUUUGGUACAGAAGUCGCCGGAGAAGUCAGAGCCUCGGGCUUUGGCUGUGGAGUCUAUAAUGGAGGUUGUAAGAGUUAUGGAGUUUGAGGAUCAAAUUGGGUUUGUGGAUUAUGUAGUGAAGAUGACUCAAGGUAAGGCAAGCUUGAGGCUUUUGGCGGUUGACCUUAUUCUGGCGCUAGUGACAUCAUUGAGAGAUACAUUGGGAUUGAAUUCGGAAAUUGAAGUGAUUGAUUCAUUGGGGUUCAAAUGCUUGGAGGCUUUGAUUCAACGCUGUUCGGAUUCAACCGCUGGAAUUCGAGGUCGUGCUUUAUCAAACUUGUCACAUCUCGUGGGCUUGUUGUCAAGCGAUGAGAGGGGCCGUGAUGUGCUGAAACAAGUUAUGGGGCUUGGCAAUGCAAGUGACAAGAGGCCUGACAGUUGGGUAAAUGAAAUUUUGAUGAAGAGGUGCAUGGAUGAGAAGGCAGGUGUGAGGAAGGCUGCACUUCUUUUGAUUACCAAGUUGAUAGCCAUUCUAGGCAGUGGCUUUGAUGGAGCCUUGCUCCAGACAAUGGGAAUGGCUUGUUCUGAUCCACUUGUUAGCAUACGCAAGACGGCAGUUUCAGCUCUUUCAGUGGCCUUUAGAACAUUCCUGGAUGAAAGGGUGGCAACUGAGUGGCUACAUUCUGUUCCACGUUUAAUAGCUGAUAAUGAGUCUAGCAUUCAAGAAGAAUGUGAGAACUUGUUUCUAGAGCUGGUAUUAGAACGGGUAUCUACUGUUGAUUCUGUUAGUUCACUUCACGAUGAAUCUGUAGCAAAAGACACGGAAAUGGAUGUUGAUUUGGUGUUUCCUGAAGGUGUUUUGUGUAUAUUGAAAGAGAUUUGCAAUGGAGAGGUGACACCUUGGGUGAAGAAAAUUUGCACAAACCUGGGAAAGAAGAAACUGAUGAAGCCCAAAUUUGCUAUUUCACUUCAAAAUAUCAUACGAACAUCUGAGUCUCUCUGGCUCAGUCAAUCCUUGCCAAUAGAGAAAUGGACAGCCCCACCUGGUUCUUGGUUUCUUCUAUCAGAGGUGUCAGCAUACCUUGCAAAAGCAGUGGACUGGGAGUUUCUUAAUCAUCAUUGGCAGCUCUUUGACAAGUAUGGAGUGGGAGGAGAGGUUCAAAGGCCUACAGCGCAAGGAUAUGCACAUGAAGAGGAAGAGGGUAUUGAUUCCAAUUCCGUUGCUUGGGCGGGGGAUCGUGUUUUUCUCCUGCAGACAAUUUCUAAUGUUUCUGUUGAGCUGCCCUCUGAACUUGCAGCAGACUUAGCUCACAACAUGCUUAAAAGAAUUCAUGAGUUCAACAUGCAUUCAACAGAGGUUAAUGCUCAUGUAAAAGCACUUAGAACAUUGUGCAAGCGGAAGGCUUCAAACCCAGUGGAGGCUGAUGCUCUUGUUGAGAAAUGGGUGGACAGGCUCAUCACAGAAGCUUCUACGAUUUUAGAGAAGUAUAUUUCGGGUGAUUCAGAUGCAGUCGGAAAAGCUGACUUCUUUACGCCACCUAGAAGUGAGACUAGAAAGGGCAAGAGAGUAUUGGCCAUGUCCAGGUCAUUGUCAAAAGCAGUCACAGCAGUUUACACCAUUGGGUCCGUGGUUAUCAUUUACCCAUCUGCUGAUAUGACCACCGUCAUUCCACUACUGUACACUAUCAUCACUUCCGGAAAUCCUGAUCCAAAAGUUAAUAAAUUAACCGGGCCUGAAGUCUCUCUAAAGCAGACAGCCCCUUCGUUAUACAUUCAAGCAUGGCUUACUUUGGGGAAGAUCUGCCUUGCAGAUGGAAAAAUUGCAAAGAGUUAUAUUCCGCUGUUUGUGCAGGAACUUCAAAAGAGUGAUUGUGCUGCACUCCGCAACAACCUGAUAGUGGUGAUGGCAGAUUUUUGUGUUCGCUACACUGCUUUAGUUGAUAGUUAUAUACCAAAGAUCACAAAGUGUCUCCGUGAUCCAUGUGAACUUGUAAGAAGGCAGACAUUUAUACUUCUCUCGAGAUUAUUGCAGAGGGAUUACGUGAAGUGGAGAGGUGUUAUGUUCCUCAGAUUUCUCUUGUCAAUUGUUGAUGAGUCAGAAAAGAUAAGGCAGCUUUCCAGUUUUCUGUUUAACAAUAUUCUGAAAGUGAAGGCACCUCUUCUAGGAUAUAACAGUUUCGUAGAAGCAAUUUUUGUUCUGAAUGAUUGCCAUGCCCACAAUGGACACAGUAAUGCUCAGGUAUCACGAGCAGAGGGCCGACUUUUUUCCAUCAGGGGCAAUGAUGAAAAUUCGAGGUCUAAAAGAAUGCAGAUCUAUGUUACUUUGCUAAAACAAAUGGCUCCAGAGCACUUAUUGGCUACCUUUGCAAAGUUAUGCGCAGAGAUUCUCGCUGCAGCAUCUGACGGUAUGCUCAAUAUAGAUGAUGUUACCGGACAAUCUGUUCUGAAGGAUGCUUUCCAAAUUCUUGCCUGCAAAGAGAUCCGAAUCCCAUCCAACCGCGGAUCACCAACUGACACUGGAGAAAUGGACGAAGAUGGUGGUGAUAACAGCGGGGCAUCUGCUAAGGGAAGGAUAACUCAAGCAGUCAAAAAGGGGCUCAUCCAAAACACAGUACCCAUCUUUAUAGAGCUGAAACGGCUACUGGAAAGCAAAAACAGCCCCCUUAUCGGCUCUCUCAUGGAAUGCCUCCGAAUCAUUCUCAAGGAUUACAAAAAUGAGAUCGAAGACAUAUUAGUCGCUGACAAGCAGCUCCAGAAGGAGCUGUAUGAUAUGCAGAAGUAUGAAGCAUCAAAGGCCAAAACAACAGCUGCAGAGGCUGUUGCCAUCAGCAAAAAAGCAAUCAGCUUCAACUCCCCCGGCAUGUCUAAGAUUGCUAGCUUGAGACAUGCACAAAACAAGUUCAGCAGCAAAAUGCAAGGUGACACACAACUGGCUUCAGCAAUGGCAGAUGCUGCAGCUGAAGCCACCGCACGGUCAGUGCUGAAGGAAGUGAACAGGGGGCUGCAGUCGCCCCCUCUUAGCGCGCUGAGCGUGCCUAAACUCAAGACAUGCGAAGGAGGACGCAGCGCUCGCAGUGACCGGCCCUUAGAUGUGUUAGAAUCUGUGAGGAGAAGGCAGAAUUUUGACCUUGAUGAAGUGAACUAAAUUAGGAUACCAGCCCAUGGAAUAAAAGGCUGCUAAAGUUGAAUUCUUUGUACUUCAAUGUAAAUAUAAACAAAAUCAACGUAAAUUCAGUUUUUCAUCCCACUUGUGAAUUGCUUC